GUUUGCAUGAAGUAUAAUAAACCCAGAAAUGAAGAGAUUAUUUUGUCACUUAACUGAUAAUGAGGGAACCAAUUAAAUUGUGUAAUUUAAGAAGUGAGACAAUUGUACUCAACAUCAAUAGUGUCAAUUUGCCUUAUCUCUGUGCUAAAUGUGUUGCAUAAUGGGUAUCAUAUUAAUGAAUCUGGGCUCACCUUCACCCAACGCAAAAUUUACAUCGUUUCCCUAAACCGGCUACAUAGCGACUUUUCUGAAAUAAUCAGUUAUUCAAUUUUAAAGACAAAGACAAACGUGCGUGUCUCUUCUUACUCUGCAGACACGCAACUCUUUUAAUUGCAGUCCAUUGUCAAUCGAGAUUGGUUGAGCUACUUUUACUUGUUAAAUGAUUUAACGAAACCAGAAUACUAAACGAGACGACUGCGGUUUAUUAGGAAACACUUAUGUAAUGCAUUCGACUAGACAUUCCAGUUCUGUCUUUUCCUCUUGCAGUCACUAGUUUACACUUGAACCGAGUUGUAAAGUUCUUAAAGUUUCUGCCAAUAUUUUGUUUAUCGACGUUAUUUCAUUACAAAAUACAACAUUAUGCCACUCACGUUAGAAAUAACUCUACGCGAUGAAACUUUAGAAGAAGAUGCGUUCCAAAUCAUUAAAGUUGUCAGACCGAAUUGGAAUCCGGAAACUGUUCGGUCUAAGCUUUACACCGGUGGAAUUAGUAAUAAACUGAUCGGCUACUAUCAAGAUGGAAAGAUUGGCGAGGAUGUCGUAAUGAUUAGAAUGUACGGUCAAAACACCGAGCUCAUGAUUGACCGAAAAGCAGAAAUCGAUACGAUGAUUCUACUGCACGGCUAUGGAUUAGGACCAGAACUCUAUGCGAUUUUCCGAAAUGGAAUUUGCUACGAAUUUAUCCAAGGCAGGAUUUUGUCAAUGGAAGACGUAAGAUCACCGGAAGUGUAUCCUCGCGUUGUGGCCGAGAUGGUGAAAAUGCACUGCGACAUUCCUUCCAACGGUCUUGCUGGGAAUCAUGCUGAAGAGGCCGGGAUGUGGAAUAAAAUUAGAACGUUUGAUGCUCUCGUGGAGGAAAUUUUACAAACGAAUCCGACUCUGGUUGCAAGGUUGGAAACGUUCGGAUUCGACGUGUCCCCCGGUUUUGGAACUCGUGCGAUUAAAGAAAUGGAAAAUAUUUUGAAAUCACAAAAUAUGCCAAUAACAUUUUGUCAUAAUGACCUCCUUCUCGGUAACAUCAUUUAUGACCCCAAUACCUCCAAAGUGUCAUUUAUCGAUUUCGAGUACGCCAUGCCCAACUACCCAGCCUUUGAUGUUGCGAAUCACUUUAAUGAAUUUGCUGGGAUUGACAAUCCGGAUUUUGACAAAUGCCCAGAUCGUGCUUUCAAAUCCAAGUGGAUUGCAGAAUAUUUGAAAGGUUUUAAAUUGGAGGGGGUGGAAUUAUCACAGGAAAAGUUUGAAUAUUGGAUCGAGCUUUGCCAACCGGCUUCACACCUUUUUUGGAGCUUGUGGGCCAUUGUUCAAGCUCAUAAUUCAAAGAUUGAUUUCGAUUUUGCUGGAUAUUUCGGACUACGAUACAUCGAGUAUGAUAAACAAAUGAAGGAAGUCCGAAAAUUUUUGUAACAGUUCAAUUUUUAAACGGAAGAUAUUAAUUUUAAACCAAAUGUGAGUCUGGCAAAUUAAAUGGGAAGCGACAUUUCUUUGCACCUAUAUACAUUCAUGAGCUUUAAUAUUGCAAUAAUUAGGAUUAAUUAGGUAUUAAAGUUACGAUUUUAUGCGGAUUUACUUUUAGUUCUGAACAGAAUUUACAAAAUACACAAUUAUAUCCAAAUAUAACUAUGUACAUAUAUAUGAGAUAGGAAGUAUUGCUCACACAACCAACAAUCAUUCAAUUUUUAAAUUAAUUAGAAUAAUAAAUAAUCAAAAAUAAAUUGCACCCAAUAAAAGAUUAAAACCACUUAAAAA